AUGGCUAUUGAUACGUAUCUUUCCUUCGUUCUUGGAUCCGAAUCUUCUCCAUUUCCGAGUCUCGAGCUUUGUCUCAGCAUUUUCCUCUUCAUAUCCCUUUUCGUUUUCUGGUUGACUCCAGGUGGCUUUGCUUGGGCACUUUACAAUGCUCGUUUCCAUACCCGACCUGAUUCCAAAACCGGACCCGCCAUUCCUGGCCCGUCUGGUCUCCCCUUCAUUGGCCUCCUCUUGGCCUUCGUCAACAACGCCUUGACACACAGAAUCCUCGCCAAUAUUGCUAACUCUUGCAAAGCAAAAGCUCUCAUGGCGUUCUCCGUCGGGUCGACCCGGUUUGUGAUAACCAGCGAACCAGAGACAGCGAAAGAGCUCUUAAACAGCUCUGCUUUUGCAGACCGGCCCGUGAAAGAGUCCGCUUACGAGUUGCUCUUUCAUAGAGCCAUGGGUUUUGCUCCUUUUGGCUAUGAGCUUCUCGGGAUCUUCAACUGGAGUGAUCAUUUCCCGGGAAUGAGGUGGUUAGAUUUACAAGGCGUGAGGAGAAGAUGCCGUAGCUUGGUCGUCAAAGUCAAUGUAUUCGUCGGAAAGAUAAUCGCCGACCACAAAUCGAAGAGGUCUCUUCAGGAGAAUCAAGAAGAAGAGAGCACUAGUGAUAAUGACUUUGUGAAUGUCUUACUUGGCAUGCAAGGCAACAGCAAACUUUCUGACUCUGAUAUGAUCGCUGUCCUUUGGGAAAUGAUUUUUAGGGGAACAGACACGGUGGCGAUUCUACUGGAAUGGAUCCUUGCAAGGAUGGUUCUUCACCCUGACAUCCAAGCGCAGGCGCAGGCCGAGAUCGAUGCUAUCUUGGGUGACUCCGGACGUAGUACUGUUUCGGACUCAGACCUCUCCAAGCUUCCAUAUCUUCGAGCCAUCGUCAAGGAAACCCUAAGGAUGCAUCCACCUGGCCCUCUCCUCUCAUGGGCUCGUCUCUCCAUUCACGACACUCAAAUUGUGACCCACUUUAUCCCCGCUGGGACCACUGCCAUGGUUAACAUGUGGGCUAUAACCCAUGAUGAAAAGGUCUGGCCAGAGGCUCAUGCGUAUAAGCCAGAGAGGUUUCUUGGUGCCCAAGAAAGUUAUAACUUCCCCAUCAUGGGAUCUGAUUUAAGGCUUGCUCCCUUCGGUGCUGGACGUAGAGUCUGUCCCGGCAAGUCGAUGGGUCUAGCCACUGUGGAGCUAUGGCUGGCUCAGUUGCUACGUAGCUUCAAGUGGGUCCCAUGUGGUGAAGUAGAUUUGAGCGAGACUUUGAAGCUCUCUAUGGAGAUGAAGAACACUCUUGUUUGCAAGGCAAUCCCUAGGGUUUAG